AUGUCACAGGCUCCAAAACUCCGUAAAAGAAUACAACCAGCAGCUCAACUUGCUGCCCAAGAAACACCCGCACCAGCGCAGCCAGAACCUGCACAACCAGAACAGCCACAAUCUCCAACUGGAACUGGCAGCGAAUCUGGACCAAAACUCCGUAAGAGAAUCACACCAAAAUCAACAACACAUUCUACAGUAACAGCAGGAGAUGCAGAAAUAUCAGUCGCCGUUGAGAAAAAGGGAAAUGAAGCAUCAUCACUCGAUUUAUCCACAAUGUGUGGCGAAAACAAGACUGUAUCGCUUGAUACAAUUAAUCUUGCCUCAAUGGGCAAUCUCGAAAUCAACAGACUUGCUUCUUCUUCAAACUCUCGUCAACUUAGAUUAGAAGUUGAAGAAAGAAUGAAGAAACGCGAAGAAGAAUACAAGCCACAAUCUUCUGGAUUUAAGGCAGGUGGAUUUUUGGGAUCAAUCAAAGAUUUUGCUCAAAAUGCAAACAUUGUCACUUCAAAUAUCGAAGCAAAGUCUACACCAUUCUCAGACCUCAUCAAACUUGUCGAUGAAAAGAAGAUCGAGCCAAAGCAAAUUAUUUUCCGCCCGAACACUUCCGGAAUUGCUGGAAUUUUCGAUCAAUCUCUUGAUGAGCUCUACAGCGACAUUAUUAACGAAGAUACAACCUUCUCAUUGGAUGAUAUGCAGAAGUGCUUGAACAUUCCAUUCCUCCGCCUUCCAGCAAAGCCUCCACAAGCAGAUGAAGGAGAUAUCAUCAACGAACUUAUCACGUGCUCAAGCAACGUCAUCGAGAAACGUUCCUCAUCCAACUACAUCUUCUUAAAUACCAAAGAAGCUACGAAUACCAUCAAAUAUUCCGCAUUAAUCUUAUUAAAUGGCCUUAGAGUACCUUACGCCAAGUUAUUCAGCCGUGUUGCCAAGAUUAUUAGUAACGCCGUUCUCGUACACCCACAUCUUUCCAUUCUUUCCGAUCAAGUUAAUUAUGUCGCUUCUCAUCUCCUUCCUACGCUUAACGAGAAGAGCGAAUUGAGACUUGCUUCGAUCGUUACACUCCACAUGCUCCGAAAUUGCUUCUACGCGCCUUUAAUUCGCUUCAUUGGCGAACAAUCGAAAUUGAAGGCCUCCCUUUUCUAUGAGGACUCUCUUCUUAUGAACACAGAUGAUAUAUUCAGGGCAUGCGUUGUUUUGGAACAGGUAGAAUCAUGCAACAUCGAAGGAAAUCUGAAUUUGAAUCAAAUUCCAGAAUAUCAUCCAGUUGCACCAUUACAGUUCACCAAGAGAGUACAUGGAGCCCUCAAGGACUACAUUACAGCCGCUCGCAAUGAACUUAUGUGCAAUGAUGAGCGUAUUGAUAAGAGAUUUGUUCCAAAGAUCCUCGAUCCAGUCAGACUUACCUUCCAAGCUGUUCUCAUGCAGACAGAUGGAACAAUGGCCAAGUCAGACUACCUCUGGGACCUUUUCCAGCAAAUUUGCUCUUCACAGACCCUUCUUGACAAUCCUUUCUUACCGGAAUUCAAGAGAGUCAUCGAGGAAAGGAAGGGAAAGUUGACGGACAACUCAACAAAGAAGCUGUUGGACGUAAUUCCAAAAUUACUCGAGAUAGGAAUUCUUCCGUUCAUUCUUCCUUUCGCUACAACGGUCUACUUAAAGAACAGAAACAUCGCUAACUCUGUAAUUUUGGCUAAUCCAUACGCUAUAACAAAAAUUUCAUUUUAUAUCUUACAGAUCGGUGAGAUAAGGUAUAAAUUCGAAGAAAACGAUCUCUUAGGCAUCCUCCAGAACCCAGGAAUGCUUAAGAAUGAUUCAGUCUUCUAA